UCAAGCAAGUGGAACUACAGGCUGUUUCUCUCCUUUUCUGCCCGCAUGGCUGCUUAGCUCCUGAAAACUCAACUACUGCAAUAUAAAGUUCUGGUGGCGGAGGCAGAGGGGGUCUCCGCUUGGAAAAGAUGGACCAUUUAAUAAGGACCAGGGCGCGCAGGAGAAUACCGCUAUUUCUUAUUAUCCUACUACACGCUACGACGACACACGCUGCUAAUGCCAUUGAUGUGCUGCGGGUGCUGGAGAUGUCAGAUGACAUGGAGGGGGUGUCCACGGAGGCCGGCCUGUGUACCAGCAGGAAAGGCAUGGAGGAGACGGACCUCGCCUACAGGAUAGACAAAAAGAUCCAGCUCAGUGCACCCACCAAACAGCUCUUCCCUGAUUCACCGUUCCCUGAGGAUUUCUCCCUCAUGGCCACAGUGCGAGCUAAGAAGGGCACUCAGUUCUUUCUGCUCUCAGUCUAUGAUGAGCAGGGAGUGCAGCAGCUGGGCCUCGAGGUGGGCCGUUCACCUGUCUUCUUGUAUGAGGACCACCAGGGGCAGCCCACGCCGUCACAGUACCCGAUCUUCAAGAAGAUCAACCUGGCAGAUGGAAAAUGGCACAGGAUAGCCUACAGUGUGCAGGGCAAGUCUGUCACCCUCUACUUGGACUGUCAGAAGGUAGAGACCUUGGAUCUGCUGCGAGGGGACAACGCUGUCGUCAGCACAGAGGGUGUCACUGUGUUCGGGACACGGCUGUUAGAUGAAGAAGUAUUUGAGGGAGAAAUUCAGCAACUACUGAUUCUGGGGGACCCACAGGCUGCUGCAGACUACUGUGCCAACUACAUUCCAGACUGUGACUCUGCCCUGCCCUACAACAGCCUGGCUCUGGAUCAACAGGAGAAACCUCAACCUCAGUCUGAUCCCUUGAUGCAAAGUGACCAGCAAGAUGAACCAAAGAAGCGCUCCAAAAAAGACAGGAAAGGCAAAAAGAACAAAAAGAAGAGAGACAGGGGCUCCAAAGGCAAAGGCAAGGGCAAGGGCAAAGGCAGGGGCAAGAAAGGGUCAAGGAAGAGAAAGCACCAAGAGGAGGGUCUUGAGGAUGGCUUCCUCAGAGUAUCCACAAAACUGCCAGAGUAUCUAUCCCAAGAGCCCUUCCAGCCCACAGAAUUGCCUGAAAUCACAAACACCCCAGAAGCUGUCAUUUCCACUGAAGCCUACGACAAGACCCUCAUGGAGAUGCCCACACAUGAACCUGACUUCACAACUGAGGCCCCCACUGUGGUGCCCAGUGCACUGCCUGAAUCCAAGGUCACUGAGGAGGAGGAUAAACCAGUGAGGAAGCCAGUUGUGGAGGAGUAUGGCGAUGACUUCUACAGUGACCUCUAUGAUGAUCUCUCAGUUUCCACAGUAACAGUCGGCCCCAACAUCACUGACUACGAGGUCCUUGAAUACGGCGACUUCAAGAAUGAAACAGAGUCGGAGUAUGAAGAGUAUGAGAUAUAUGAUGAUGGCUUUGGCUUUGCUGAGCGGGAAAGAGCAGAGACAUGGGAUGGAGAGGCUAGCCCCAGAGGAGAGAAAGGGGAGAAAGGAGAGCAAGCUAUUAUUGAACCGGGAACAUUAGUUGAAGGGCCCCCAGGUUUACCAGGACCAGAGGGUCUUGCUGGCCCACCUGGACCAACAGGCCCCCCAGGACCCAGGGGAGACCCUGGCGACUUGGGUCCCCCAGGACGUCCAGGACUAGCCGGGGCUGAUGGGAUUCCAGGUCCUCCAGGCACCAUGUUGAUGUUACCUUUCCAGUAUGGAGGUGAUGCCCAGAAGGGGCCUGUGGUGUCUGCCCAGGAGGCCCAAGCACAAGCCAUCCUGCAGCAAACCAAGCUGUCAAUGAAGGGACCUCCAGGUCCAUUGGGUCUGACAGGGCGACCAGGGCCGCUGGGUCUUCCUGGCCCCACUGGGCUCAAAGGAGACAGAGGAGAGAACGGUGCUUCUGGGCCACGUGGAUUGCCAGGCCCUCCAGGACUCAAUGGCAAGCCUGGAAAGAGGGGACGGGGAGGAGCAGAUGGAGGUCGCGGAGCUCCAGGUGAAACAGGCUCCAAGGGUGACAGGGGAUUUGAUGGCCUGCCAGGUCUCCCAGGAAACAAGGGACAUAGAGGAGAGAGAGGAAAGCCUGGACCUCACGGGCCUGUUGGAGAGCCGGGAGAAAAGGGCUCCGAUGGACCAGUGGGGCCAAGAGGGCAGCCAGGCGAACCUGGUCCUCGGGGUCUUGUCGGGCCAAGGGGGCCUCCUGGCCCACCUGGCCAACCGGGUAUUCGUGGAAUUGAUGGAGUUCAAGGGUCAAAGGGCAACCUGGGUCCACAUGGAGAUAUCGGGCCCCCAGGACAACAAGGAAAUCCAGGAGUACAGGGCUUGCCUGGUCCUCAGGGUCCCAUUGGAUUACCGGGAGACAAGGGUCCCCAAGGGAAACUGGGCUUGCAGGGACUACCAGGCAUUGAUGGCCCCCCUGGUCACCCAGGAAGAGAGGGCCCCCCAGGAGAGAAAGGCCUCCAAGGUCUGCCAGGUGCCCAGGGGCCUGUUGGGUACCCAGGGACCCGUGGAGUCAAGGGAGCAGAUGGUGUUCGGGGUCUAAAGGGGAGCAAAGGAGAGAAGGGUGAAGAUGGUUUCCCUGGGUUCAAAGGUGACAUGGGCCUCAAGGGAGACAGGGGUGAUAAUGGAUCCCCAGGAGGCCGAGGAGAGGACGGUCCUGAAGGGCCAAAGGGUCAAGCAGGACCUAUGGGAGAUGCUGGAGCUCUAGGGACAGCUGGCGAGAAGGGUAAACUUGGCGUACCAGGGUUGCCAGGAUACCCAGGAAGACAAGGGCCUAAGGGAUCACUCGGCUUCCCUGGUGCAGCGGGGAUCUCAGGGGAGAAAGGACGAAGGGGUCCAGCUGGGCAGCCAGGGUCCGCAGGCCAGAGAGGUCCUAAUGGGGCCCGAGGGGGGAGAGGAGCAAGGGGGCCGACUGGCAAGCCUGGAGAAAAGGGCUCUUCUGGACAUGACGGACCUCCAGGAUCCCCCGGUGAACAGGGCCCUCAAGGGCCUCAAGGAAGGAAUGGUGAAGCAGGACCUAAAGGCCCGCCUGGUCCAGCUGGAAAAGAUGGAUUACCAGGUCAUCCAGGCCAGAGAGGGGAACCAGGUUUCCAAGGCAAGACCGGUCCCCCCGGGCCCACAGGAGUUGUUGGACCACAGGGCAAAUCUGGUGAGACCGGGCCAACUGGAGAUAGAGGCCAUCCUGGGUCACCGGGACCACCUGGAGAGCAGGGUUUACCUGGAGCUGCUGGAAAGGAGGGAGCCAAGGGAGACCCAGGUCCAUCAGGAGUCCCAGGGAAGAGUGGCCCUGCUGGGAUCCGAGGCUUCAGAGGAAGCAGAGGCACCCCUGGGGCCACGGGCCCUGCGGGUCUGAAGGGAGGUGAGGGCCCACCUGGCGUUGCAGGCGCAAUUGGAGCCACCGGAGAGAGGGGCCCUGCUGGGUCAGCUGGUGCUAUUGGCCUGCCUGGACGGCCUGGUGGUGUAGGUCCUGCUGGGCCGAUGGGAGAGAAAGGCGAGCCAGGAGAGAAGGGUCCCAUAGGGCCUGCUGGACAUGAUGGGGAACAGGGACCUGUAGGGCCACCAGGGGCCGCAGGACCUUCUGGACCUCCAGGAGAGGAUGGAGACAAGGGUGAGACAGGAGGACCAGGCCAGAAGGGCAGCAAGGGAGACAAAGGAGAAGCUGGCCCCCCAGGACCUACUGGAAUUCAAGGACCUGUGGGCCAGCCAGGACCGGCAGGUGUAGAUGGCGAGCCAGGGCCACGUGGGCAGCAGGGGAUGUACGGGCCCAAGGGAGAUGAAGGACUCAGGGGCUUCAAGGGGGCCACAGGACCUGCUGGACUGCAGGGAAUGCCAGGACCACCAGGGGAGAAGGGAGAGAGUGGACAUGUUGGUUUGAUGGGUCCUCCAGGACAGCAUGGUCCACGGGGCCCUCAGGGGCCCAUUGGUGGCGAGGGUGCACCUGGACCGCCUGGUGGAGUUGGUCAGCCUGGACUUGUUGGAGAGAAGGGCGAAGAUGGAGAAGCUGGAGACCCCGGGCCAGCUGGAGAGACUGGUGUCGCUGGUGCUAAAGGCGAGGUGGGAGAGAAGGGUGACGCUGGCCCUCCAGGUGCAGCUGGGCCUCCGGGAGUCAGAGGACUACCAGGGGAAGACGGAGCCAAAGGCAACAUUGGUCCCAUUGGAUUCCCUGGAGACGCAGGACCCCCUGGGGAACCUGGCAUCAAUGGAGUCGAUGGUGGACCAGGCGCUAAAGGAGACAAUGGAGAAGCUGGCAAAGCCGGACCCCCAGGAGCCUCUGGAGAGCCAGGCCCUUCCGGACCCCCAGGGCGGAGGGGUCACUUGGGAGCUGCAGGAAAAGAAGGGAAGCAAGGACUGAAGGGAUCCAAGGGGGCGACAGGGGCAGAAGGUUUGGUGGGGAAGACAGGCCCAGUGGGACCCCAAGGACAGCCAGGGAGGCCUGGUCCUGAAGGGCUCAGAGGAAUCCCAGGUCCUGCGGGUGAGCAAGGGUUAAAUGGACCACCAGGACAGAGUGGACCCCCAGGUCCAAUCGGGCCGCCGGGACUCCCUGGAUUGAAAGGAGACCCUGGCAUCAAAGGAGAUAAAGGUCACGGUGGGUUGAUUGGUUUGAUUGGACCCCCGGGAGAACAGGGAGAGAAAGGAGACAGAGGUCUGCCAGGGACUGACGGCACGCAAGGACCUAAAGGAGAUGUGGGUGUGGUUGGCUCCCAUGGUCCCACUGGCCCACCAGGACCACCUGGACUGUCAGGCACAGUUGGUGAAAAAGGAUCGAAGGGCGACAUGGGUGCCGCUGGUCUGCGAGGAGAUACAGGACCCGCUGGCCCACCUGGACCCCCAGGCCCCCCUGGGACGAUGAUCCAGCCUUUCCCCAUCCGAGAGGGCCGGAAGAAGAGGAGGAGGCACUCCGAGCAGGGGGGAGGAUCUGCUCCACACAGGGACGAGGACAUGGAGGUGGAGAUAGAGGAUUUCCUCCAGGGAGACCAGCCUCUAGAGGAUGCUGAGGGCAUGGAGGAAGUCUUUGCCUCCCUAACUUCCAUGAAAACUGAGGUGGAGCUGAUGAGGAAGCCCCUGGGAACCUUCGAGAGCCCUGCCCGCACCUGCAAAGAGCUCAUGAUGGUCCAGCCUGACUACAAAGAUGGAGACUACUGGAUAGAUCCUAACCAGGGCUGUCACCGGGACUCCAUCAAGGUCUACUGUAACUUCACAGCUGAUGGAGAGACCUGUCUUUACCCCGACAAGAGGAUUGAGAUGGUGAAAUUAGCAGCAUGGAACAAAGAGAAGCCGGGAAGCUGGUACAGCCAAUACAGGAAAGGGAAGCAGUUCUCCUAUAGUGACAGGGAUGGGAACCCAGUACAUGUAGUCCAGCUGACCUUCCUGAAACUACUUAGUGCCACAGCCAAGCAGAGCUUCACCUACACCUGCCAGAACUCUGCAGGCUGGUUUGACAGCUCCUCCCGGUCGUACCAGCAUGCCCUGCGCUUCCGGGGCAGCAAUGAUGAGGAGCUGACCCAAGCCAAGAGCCCCUUCAUUCACCCAUUGCAUGAUGGAUGCCAGUUCCGGAAAGGUCAGGAAAGGACUGUUCUAGAGAUCGACUCGCCCUCGGCGGAGCUGCUUCCAAUCAUAGACGUGGCUUCUUCAGACUUUGGCAACAGCAACCAAAAAUUUGGCUUCCAAGUUGGACGAGUAUGCUUCAAUGGUUAACAUCGUACAAACCACACAA